AUGCUCGCCCACUUCCUCACCACCCUCCUCCUCCUCCUCCCCGUCCUCACUCUCGCCUUACCACACAACUCCCGCGACGCCGCCACCUGCACGCCGACCGCCUACACCAUAUCCUCCUAUACCGCGAACCCCACGAAACCAAACCAAUCAAUCCACCUCGCCUUCCGCUCCGCUUUCCCAGACCCCUCGCUCGUCACCGAUGCCGCACUCUCAAGCGCCGUCUGCGACGCUUCCGCCGACUCGAGCGGCAAUUUCCCUAACGAACUCACGUGCUCGACUGGACGUUCUAAUUUGGAGGUUGAUUUGAGGGGGGAGUUGGGGAGUGGAAAGUUGAUGGUGAUCCAUUUUUGGAGAUGCGGAGGCAAGAACUGGAUGAGCUCGACGCCGGUGGAUAUUGAUGCUGGCAGUGAGGGGGAGGGUUUCCUGCCGCAGAACGUGAGGGAGGUGCCUUGUGGGGCGCCGACGUGUCCUUGA